AUGGUCUACGGGAUCAACCUGUACGCCGACGGCGGCUGCCGCGGCAACGGCAACGGCCAGCCCGGCGCAAUCGGCGCUGCUGCAGUCCUCUUCAAGAAACGCCCAGGCCGCUGGCGCUCAAAACACAGCGUCGCGCUACCCCGCAAUCCGCCGCCAACGAACCAGUGCGCCGAAUUGACCGCCGUCAUCCUCGCGCUGUCCAAAGCGCUGGAGGAGUACGAUAAAAUGCUGACCCAACCCCGGUUCGAUGUGACCAUUCAUGUGGACUCCAAGUAUGCGAUCGGGUGCAUGACCGAGUGGAUCCACAAAUGGCGGAGGAACGGAUGGACGAACCAGAGGGGGGAGCCCGUCGCGAAUAGGGAUCUCAUCAUGAAGGCAUCUGCGCUGGAUCAGAGACUGAAGCAGCUUGGUUCUGUCUAUUAUCAGUGGAUUCCCAGGGAUGAGAACUGGAGGGCUGAUCAGCUCUGCAAUGAGAAUAUGGACCGGCAGCCCAUAUAUAUAUGA